AGAUCGUCCGGGUAGUCGACACGCGUCUUCCGACACUCUUCCUCGCUUCAGUCCGCUUCGUCCGGUGUCGCGAAAUCGCGAUCUGUUCUUCUCCUUUUUCUCGUCGCGAAUUUUCGAAUAUCGCGAUACCCGGUCGGAUUCCGGAGUUUAUUCUGAGCUUUCGAGUUUCUUCCGGUGGUAUUUCUUCUUUUCUUCCGAACAGGUGAUAGUCAAAGGGCUAACGCGCGGAUCCGGGCGGGUUCGGUGGUGCACGGUAAAAGCCGUUUCACGGUUUAUUUUCGCGAUCGGGCGCUCCGCGAGAUCGUCGGGUGUGUGUAGCGAUCGCGUUUGAAGUGAUUCGAUGCUCCAUCAAAUUAACUGAUUGUGACAAGUGCGAAAAUGCGGAUGCAGCUGCUGAAGAUCGUGGUGGUCCUGUUGGUGGCAGGAUCGGGCGAUACCAGGCCUCAGAAUGGCGUGGAUUUGCAAGCGACGACGACGAUAGAAAGGAGCGACGCGGAAUGGAGAGGCAUCCAGGUUUCGAGCAAGUCACACGACAUUGUUCGAGACGAUAGCAGCGAACAACUGAACGACACCCACCGUGAUUUGAAGGAUCUGCAAUAUAUGGAUCAAUCUCUGAGAACCGUCGCCACUCAACUCCUCAACGUUACAAAUCCACAAGAUGUGAUGAAGGUAAAUAACGAGGAACUCGUCAAGGCCGAGCCUAGCGUCGCGACUACGCCGAAAUCCUCGGAGAAGAACACCCCUUCGUUGAUAAGGGACGUUAGUUCGGAGACCAGCAAUUUGGAGCCCGUGAGUUUCGGCAGGCCGAUCAAUUCCAAGUUCAGCUACUUUGAGACCAGCCAUCCGGGUCAAGCGAUGGCGAUGACGGAAGAGGAGCUCGAGCGGGAGAUGAGCACGACGAGGCUGAUUACCGCCUACAAAAAUCACCCGACGACCACCGGCGGUAUUUCUACUUGGAUUCUGUUAAAUCCGCCGUCCACAACUGUGAAGAGCGUGGAGAUCGAGAAGACAAAGACGCAGCAGCCGUUCCAGACGGAGGUACGACUCACGGUGAGACCGAGCUCGUCGGUCGAAAAAGUGGAAACGAUCCCUGAAAAGAUCAUGGAGAAGACCACACCACUGUUGACGCCUGUUAUAACCACCGAGAAAGUGACCGUGAUCACGAAGAAACCGACCGCGACGACGAUGAAGAAGAUCGCGACUACUUUGAGACCGGAGAAAAUUACUCAAGAUUCAGGAAAGGUAGAAACCUCGUCGAGCACGACUUUGAAGAUGACUCACACCACGACAACGAGCACUUCGACGACGAGCGACGGAACGUUGACGACUGUUGUCACGACAAAGAAGAGUCCACCGCCGAGAACCACUUCUAAGCCGAAAGUCACCACGCCGAGAACGACCUCGCAUUCUAAGGCGACGACAACGAAGGUGACAACGACGAAACCGGCCAGACCGAAGCCAACGAGGAAAGCCACGAUCAAGCCUGAAACAACGAAGAAUGAGACUUCUGCGUCGACGGGUAAGAUCGAAAAGGUGACCUUUAAACCGGUCCCGAUCAUCACGACCCCGCAGAACAAGCAGGAGAAUACCGAGAAGCCGUUGUUUGUUACAAAGAUAAAAGCGUCGGUGCUCAUGGACACUCAGAAGACUCCGAUCACUUUGCUUCCAGCUACUACCGCGUCCACCCUAAGCGCCAGUGCGUUGAAAUCGACUUUGUCCAGCGCGGAUCUUGUGGAGGUGCCAGUGAGAUCGAAACCGAUCGGCACAAAGGGGAACAACGUGCUGAAGGUGCAGCUGAAGAAGCCCGUGGACGAGACUACGCAGAUUGAGAUAGAGCCGAUCAAGGUAAACGCGCCGAUCCUGAAGAUCGAGAAGGUCGACAAGAACAAAAUGGAUGAGAUCGUGUUGAAGGACACGGAAGAUCUUGACAAUUCCAGAAUAGAUCUAAAGUUUGACUUUAAUCCCGAGCUGACCAAGAUUAAUGUGGAAACACAAACGGAGGUAGCGACGACAUCGGCGCCAAGUACGACAGCGUCGACCAGCACGAAGCGGCCGAGGCAUAGCUCGAAAAGGAAGAAGAACAAGAAUCGCAGGCGCAGGCCCACGACCUCGAUGCCAACUUCGACGACAGUCGCGAUGGUGCCUAUCCAGAUGGAGACCAGCGAGAGCGUUACUGAUUCCACCUACGUGGAUAACGAGGUCCAAGAAUCGAAGAUCGCGCCCGAGACAAAGGUCGGGAAUUCGACGAAGACCAAGAAGAAGCAGCCGCAGAAGGCGAUCGGCACUCAGAUCUACAACUUCCUCAGUCGCGAAGUGAUGCCCAGCUUCGGCGUCAUGUCGCUGGUAGGUCUAGGUCUCGGUCUCGCCUCGUAUUUCCUGUAUCCCUUCGGCGGUACGAUCACCCGUAGGAACUAUGAGGUGGAGCCGAACUACAAGUACAAUAUGGAUGAAUACGGCGGUAAUUACGGGCAGAGCGAGGAGGAGAUGUUGUCCAAGGUGUUCCAGGGUAUGACGAAUUACGAGAAUAAAUAUUCGGGAGGGAAGGACAGCUACAACAACGGCAACUACUAUCAAUAUCAGCAUUACGAUGGCGCGUACGACACUCAAACGACGAAGAAGGUCGACUCGAGAUAUCCGCCGGUGUCUACUUCUCCCGUUUACAAAACAGUGGAAAACACCAAGCCGGCGGUGAAGUAUCGGAACACAGAGUUUCGGUAUCCCGAGGCGCAAACUACUCCGGUUUAUUACGAUCGCAAGCGACCGGAUCUCGGAAGUUCGGCGGAGGUGAACGCGGGCUCGGCGGCGAAUCGGCAAUUCGUGGUCGGCAACGUACCCAAGGAAUAUCCGUUCGACGUGAAAGUGUCGAACUUGCCGGUGGACAACAAGAAGGGCGUCGGUUACGUGUCUACGGAGAUCGGACAGACGCAGUUCGAGAGGGACGUUGCGCAGGGCUUUGAUUUCCCGAACGCGGCCGCCUUGCACAGCUAUGGCCAGGCGCAUCUGGCAGUAUCGACUGCCCGACCAGACGACGGAUAUGAGGAAAUUGAGAUAACGCCGACCGCGGUGGCCGUCGAGCACGGGCCGCGAUCCCUCAAAGUCAAACGCGCCGCCGUUGACGAGGCCGAGGGCAGUCGAGGGCGAAGUUCGAGGUUGAAGAGGGACUCGGUAAUACAAAUAAUACCGUCGAAGCACGAACUGGAAGAGGAGCGCGAGGAGGCGGAGAAGGAAGAAGAUCUGAGCAACGAGAUUCUGGACAUCAUCGAUUCGGCGCUGCCGGGUGGCGGGAUGCCGCACAAGAGGGGCAGCAACGAGAACAACGAAGUGGAGGAUCUCGAGGGGCAGAAAAGAAAGGAGGAGGAGGAAGCUAACACUCGCGUGAAGGCGUCCACUUUGAAAACCAGCGUGGAACACACGGAGGACCCCGCGACCCCCACGAUUGGAAAAAUAAAUGAAGACGGUAGCAGUGUCUCUCCGGAGAAUUCAUCCGAUAAGGGUACGACGCAUCCCACGGACCUGAAAAAUCCCGAAGCGACGACCGUCGAGUGGUUCGACGGCUCGACCACGACGAAACCCUCGGAGGGCUUCAGUCUCAUAAAUUUCGUGAAGAAGGUGGCCGAGAUCAAGUUCAGACUGGGUUUGACGAUUCUCAAGCACGCCAGCGAGGGCUUCGCGCGGUAUCUAGGUCACGUGCAGAAGAGGAUCAACGGCGAGGAAUGAGGGGAAGGGAAAACUUGGAGGAGCAGCGAUGGAAGUUCUCGCGUCAUACGACGACACGCGUUUCCCAGUUUCACGGCGCAAUACGGUGGACACGCGGGUCCACCGUGUAACGCCGGAUAGUAGCGUGACGACGACCGUAGUCCUAGUAACGGUAGUCAGAGGGAACGCGAAGAAGCGACUCUCCCCCUCCCCGACUUCUUCGCAGUCGAUUUAAGACGCGAUUUCACGGACAAUCAUUUUUGUCCAUCCGUAAACGAUGCGAUACGAUACGAUACGCGAUCGUCCUUUCACUUAGAAAGCUAAAACGACGAAGAGGAACAUAGACUACUGUUCCGAUCACUGAACGCGCGGCGUCGUCCUCUUCAAGGUAUCGCGAAAUGUAUCUUCUUCUAGGAUUUUUCUCGGUGCUCGACGCGCGAAGGAUCGACAAUCGACGGCGAUGGCCUCAACGCCUAUUUCACACAAUCAUUGUUCAAAAAAACUUCAUUCGAUUAACACAAAGUGUCUUAACUUUAGUCUUCGGGUCCUGGUAAGCGUGCACGGAAUGCAACUCGACACGCGCUAUACAGCGUGAUAAGAUGCAUUCUAGGGGUACUUUGUCGAAACCAGAACGAUCGAGAUAGCCGCGGGUUUGGUGAGGGGUUUCGAGAGAUUUUUUUCCUUUCUCUCUCUCUCUUCCACACACGGGAUCGAUUGGAUCUUUAUUAAAAGUCGCUUUUUAAUCUCUCUACAAUUGUUUGGUAUAUAUGCGCGCUGCUCUCUUACCCUCUCGCUGGAGGGCGAGCGAAGACAUAUGGUGGAGCCGAUUAUUGGGCAGCUUAUACUGUAAAGUACGCUAUAUAUAACUAAAUAAAUAAAACAAGUUGAACGAAUAAAUAAAUAAAUAGAUAAGUAUGCAAACUCUCUAUGUAAUACCCUGAUAUGCGCUAUGUAAAUAAAUAUUGGAGAAUGUGAACCGCUUGUGUCUCUCUCGUAACAUUGAUCUUUGAAGCGGAAAGUUGCCGCGAUUACUUCGAGUCGUACCUGGGAGAAAAAUACCGAACAGUCCGAUAUGCCGUUGGAUCAUAAACGAACACAAAUUCGACAAUUUAUGACGCAAUUUAAUUUGUUGCAGAUAGAGCGCUUAUCGCAUCGCGGAAUAAAUCGGGAAUUUACAUUCGCCGACGCGACGAUGUUCGCGAUCAAGCGUAA